UCUUUGUUUUGGCGCUUUCCUUCAUUAAAACCCCAUAACACUUCUCUCCUUAAAUUUUUCUUUUUUAAUAUUUUUCUUUCUUUCUGGUUUUCAUCGCCGUUCUUUGAUUAAUUCAAACAUCUUUCAAACCAUUUUCUUUCUUCUUGUUAUAUUCUGUGGGCUAAAAAGUUUGCUCCUUUGUCCCUAUCAUCGUCUUCUUCUUCUCCAUGAUCACAACCAGCAUUUGAGUUCGUAGAAAGAAAAGAUGGGUUUGUUCGGCAGUUUCUUGGGGAUCAUUGGUUUUGUAUUUGGAAUCCCUCUUGGCCUCUUGGUAGGGUUCUUUGUGUUUGUUUACUCAGAAACCAAACAAGUGAAGGAACCUGUUGUUAGGCCAAUCAGUGAAUUAGGCCCACAUGCAUUGCAAGAACUUCUGCCUGAGAUUCCUCUUUGGGUGAAGACACCUGAUUAUGAACGGGUUGAUUGGUUAAACAAGUUUUUAUUGGAUAUGUGGCCUUACUUAGACAAGGCAAUCUGUGAGAUUAUUAGAAGCACAACAAAACCGAUUUUUGCUGAAUACAUUGGAAAGUAUCAGAUUAAAGCAAUUGAGUUUGAAGAGUUAACGCUUGGUACUCUUCCCCCAACUAUUUGUGGCAUGAAAGUCUUAGAAACAAAUGAAAAGGAAUUGGUCAUGGAACAAGUUAUCAAAUGGGCUGGAAAUCCUAACAUAGUGUUGAAUUUGCAAGUGUCAUCGUUGAAUAUCACAGUUCAGUUGGUUGACUUACAAGUAUUUGCAAUGCCAAGGAUAACUUUAAGACCUUUAGUUCCUACAUUUCCAUGUUUUGCAAAGGUUGUGGUAUCUUUGCUGGAGAAGCCUCAUGUGGAUUUUGGGAUGAAAAUAUCAGGAGGAGACAUCAUGGCAAUACCUGGUCUUUAUAGAUUUGUUCAGGAAACGAUUAAAAAACAAGUUGCGAGCCUCUAUCUGUGGCCUCAAACACUAGAAAUUCCUAUUCUUGACGAAUCGACGGUGGCGAUAAAGAAGCCGGUGGGAAUAUUACACGUGAAUGUCAUUCGGGCGCAUAAGCUUCUGAAGAUGGAUUUGUUGGGAAGUUCUGAUCCUUAUGUCAAACUAAGCCUCACUGGGGACAAACUUCCAGCAAAGAAAACCACUGUCAAAAGGAAGAAUUUGAAUCCUGUGUGGAAUGAGAAAUUCAAGCUUGUUGUAAAGGAUCCUCAAUCUCAAGUUCUCCAAUUACAAGUCUUUGACUGGGACAAGGUUGGUGCACAUGACAAGCUGGGAAUGCAAUUAAUCCCUCUUAAGAUGCUUAAACCUUAUGACAACAAAGAAUUCACACUUGAUUUGCUAAAGGACACAAACAUAAAUGAAACUCCAAGUAAGAAGCCAAGAGGGCAAAUUGUAGUGGACUUGACAUUUGUUCCAUUCAAAGAAGAUAGUAACAAGUUUGGUGGGAACUCAGAAGGGUAUGGAAGAAAGGAAAGUGGAAUUGAUGUGGUAUCUGAUGAUGAGGUGCAAGAAGGAGCAGGUUUGCUUUCAGUUAUAAUCCAAGAGGCUGAGGAGGUUGAAGGGGAGCAUCACAACAACCCUUUUGCAGUCUUGACUUUUAACGGCGAAAAGAGAAAAACUAAGGUAAUGAAGAAAACUCGUCACCCACGUUGGAAUGAAGAGUUCCAAUUCAUGCUAGAGGAGCCUCCUCUACGUGAGAAGAUUCACAUUGAAAUUAUGAGCAAGAGGAAGACCUUUAGUUUUCUCUCGAAGGAAUCACUGGGGCAUGUGGAGAUUAACCUGAAUGAUGUAGUGCACAAUGGUCGCAUUAAUGAUAGAUACCAUCUUAUAAAUUCAAAGAAUGGUGAGAUACAUGUUGAUAUACGUUGGAAGGUCGUUUGAUAAAUCAAAUCAUAAAUAAUAAUAUAACAACAAUUAAACCAAACUAUUGUGGUGUACAUUUUGUCAUAAAUUAUCAAUUAUUUAUUUA